CACCCAGCCGGGACUUUUCCCACUUUGCCAGCUCUGUAAACAAUAUCUGGCCUUGAACUGGUUAACUUCGAAAGUGGGCAUGUCUCAACCUACUGAGGAGGACAAAAGGAAACGAAACUAAAGCUACGUGUGUUCCACCCAAGCUCUCUAGGUGGGGUUUUAGUUAUUUUAAGCGAGUCGGUUUCCAAUCAGUUUUCAGUUUAUACAGGUGAAGUUGAAACCUCAAUAAGGAGUUUAAGACUGCACGAGUGGAGGGCAUGAUGUCUCCAACAAGAUUUCUCAGAAAGGAACUCCAAGAGGCUUUGUGCCACUACACCACAGAUACUCUCACCUACAUCCAUACAGUGAGAGGAUUCUGUGAAGGGUCCUCCAAAUGGAUGCUCAGGAGGGGGACAGAGUUAGACAUGAUGACGGACAUCAAAGACAGGGUUGAUAAAAUCAGCCUCACCAUCAGUCAUGUUACAGAGUCAGAAUCCAAAGGUACAGCCUUAAAAGAAUAUUUGGAGAACAAGUUCACACAGGUGACUGCAGACCGCAGGCGUGCCGAGCUGGAAAAGGAGCUGGAUGAAGUGUUGAAGGACACUCUGGAAGGUCUGGAGAAGCUCGACUGCUUCCUGGAUGCAGUGGAGAAGCUGGCUGUUACCUCACUGCACGUGUUCACGGAGAACCAGGUGUUACGCCUCCCCAAAGAGAUCAGCAUUGAUCUUGUUCAGGUUGUCAUCAAUGCUGCACGACUAGUCUGCCCUCUUCUCCUGGACUUUAAAAGAGAUGCAAACGUCUUCUUCACUCCCAAACUUCAGAAUGUUGACGUGCUGGCAUAUCAACUGGACAGAUACAUACAGACCACCACCAUAAUCUGUGAGAAGUUGGAGAAAAGCUGCUUUAGUGACUUUUGCCUGAAGACGACCUCAGAAACUGUGGUAGACCUCGAUGUAGAUUUGUCUGAACACGACUCACGAACGAUGCUUGAUCACAUCACUCAGCUUAAUGAAAUCAGGGAGGACCAGAACUUUCGAAUGGUCUUCUUGUUCCAAGAGGAAAUGUGUUCUGUCUUCAUCAAUGAGUUCAACAAGCGGCAGCCCAGGAUGCUGCAAUUUCUGAACGAGCUGGAGGAGACAGCUGUUCAGCUAGAUAGGAUGAAUAAGGGGGCAAAGAUCUCCAGUGUGGCAGGUAGCUCAGUGGGGGCAGUUGGAGGUGUGCUGUCCAUUGUUGGUUUGGCAUUAAUUCCUUUCACAGCAGGAGUGUCUUUAGCUUUGACAAUGACUGGCGUAGGGCUGGGAAUCACCAGUGGAGUCAACAGUUUAGUCACCACUGCAACAGAGGUUGGAGUUAAUGCUACACAACAAAAGAAAGCCAGUGCAGUCUUUGAGAGCUUCAUGGAAGAUGUGCAGCGUCUCCAAGAUUGUGUGGAGGAGGUGACCAAGCAAACAAUCUCAAGACUAGAAGCAAAUAUGGUAGAUGUGGCUGUGGGAGUAGGCAGGAUUGCUGUUAAGGUUGGUAGUAUUGGAAAAGGUAUUGAUUCCAUUGUUGAUGCUGCCUCCGCUGUUAAGCUGUUAAAAAGUGAAGAACUCAUUUCCAGUGCUGGUAAAGUGGUGGCUCAGGAGGGAAAGGCCUUACGUAAUGUGCCCAGGGUUGCCGCAGAUAUCCCAGAUAUUGGUCAGGCUGCAGUCAAAGGGCCACUUGCCCUCACCAGGUCAGCCAGAGCUGGUUUCAUUGCUCUGAAUGCUCUCUUCCUUGGCAUGGAUAUAUUCUUCAUAUGUAAAGACAGCAUCGGUCUGGCCAAAGGCAGCGAGGCUGAAGUCUCACAGUUUAUCAGAGCCAGAGCUGCACUUUGGAGCUCUGAGAUGGACUCAUGGGAGAAGAUCCACGAUUGUCUGAACAAAGGUCUGCUAACAUCAGGGAAAAAGAGUGCUGUCCUAGAGACACGAUUUUAUCAGGAGCAGAGUUUGGGAGACUAACUAUAUCUGAUCACAACGAAGCAAAAAUUAAAGAAAGCUGAUGUCACAGCUGGUAUUGAUCAUUGACUAUAUAAAGAUGGAUGGCAGAGGAGCUCUUCUAAAGUGAAGUCAAAGCAAGUAGAGCUCCCCCUGGUGACUGACAACAGUAUAGGUCAUAUGCUCCACCCCUUUCAUGUUAGUGGAUGGAAGUUGGGCCAAACUAAUAUUCUUCAAGGAUGGAGUCAGAUAGUUAAUAUAAUGCUGAUACAUGUUCAAGUGUCAUUUUUCUGAGAAUUUUCGUUUUAUUUAGUUAUUUGAUGCUAUAGGAACAUUUAUAUAUAACUGGUGGCGGUAGAGCAGACCAUAUUAAUUAAAUGAAAAUGAAAGUAAGCCUGGAGGAAGAGUAGGUGGGUCAUUGAUAUCAUGACUCCACUGUCAGACUGUACUCUGACUCCAAAAUUGCAAGAGGAGGGCCCAUAGCACCUGAAAAAUAGCCUCAUUUCGGUCAAUUCAAGGAAGUGGUAUAAAUAUGGACAAUGCGUCCACUGUCCAUAUUUAUACAGCUUAUGGUAUUGAUCAUGCAGCUGUGCCUUUAGCCAUCUUUAACUACUCAUUUUGUCAAAUAAACAUGAGCUUUGAUAAAUGACCAGUUGCACUCAUUAAAUUGAAAUUGUUCCAUUGUAAGUUCUUCAUUUCCUUAUGUUUAUUCAUUUCUUUCAUAUAUAUAUAUUUUUUAUUUUAGUUUUAAUAAUGUACAUCACAGCGACUUUUUGGCUCUUUUUGUGUAUAAGUGAAUUUCGUUGUACAGAUCACUUCAUUUUGUUAAAAGUACAUUGUUGUCACUAAUUGAAAGAAUAAAGUGUUUGUGAAAAAUA